UUCUUUUAUAAAUCCGUGCACCAGGAGAUUUAUUGAAAUAAACAUCGCUAGUGCUCUCACUCCAUACCCCAAUCCGAUCCGACGAGGGUAUGAGGUUUGGAAUUCCUGCCGACCACGAUGUGGCUGCUCUACCGAGACCGCAUCUAAGUGUCCCUGAAAAGACUACCUCGCCUUCACCAUCCAGUUCAUUCUCUGAUAUGACCUCUACCCAGUCCGCAUCCCAAAUCUUGAAUGAGUCUCUAAUACAGUUAGACACAUUACACAUUCGAAAUCUCUCAAGCCGUAUUGAUGAGAAGUUUCAGAAGUGGGAGAUAUUCAUCAAUGAAUCUAAAAUAGCAGUUAAUUCGAAAUUGUCAUACAUAGAUAACGAAUUCAAUCAGAAGAUCCAAGCACUGCAAUUAGAUGUACAGAAAAUCAUUGAUGAGCAAAUACGACUCCGAGAGGAGGAGAAGAAACGCUUGAUGAAUUUGGAAAUAGAAAAACAAAGGAAAAUCAAAGAAGAAGCCGAUCGCAAACGACGUGAAGAAGAAGAAGAAGAAAGGAAACGACGCGAUCAUCAGAAGAAAUUGGCUGAAGAAAAAAGAUUAGCUGACGAAAAACGGCUCGCUGAAGAGCAUAAACUUAAAAAAGAAAAAGAAGAAAACGAAAAACUAGAACGAAAGAAAGAAGAAUUGUUGAAGGCCAGGGCGGAGAAGGAAGCCGCAGCAAAGAAAGCGUCUGCUUUCGCAAACCCUGCUGAUAUCGAGAAAGCACUCCUCAAAUACAGAAAAGAUAUCGAGGAUAUAAAAACAAACAUUGUUGGGGAAGUUGAUAAAGACAAAGAGUUGAAAAAAUAUAUUGGUGCUAUCAAGAGAAAAGUCAACACGAAGCUCGGGCAGCUUUCAAAUUCGCUUAGGCAACUUGACCUAGUAUCUAAAGAGAUCACAAGUUUAAUACAGCCCCUUGCUUCACAGCCGCUAGCAUAUAAAUGGAUUCUCAACUUUGUGCUGAAAGCAAUUGUCUCACAAGCAGAAACAGAAGUCACCGUCAAGCCAGCCGCUGCAUUGCCUCUUGGUCGAUUGGCUUAUAAUUUGCUUUGCAAUCUUAAUGGUCUAGAAUUUUACUUAUCUGCUCGGUUUGUUAAGAAAUGUUGCUUAGUGAUAGGAUACACAGGCACAAUAGACACUGAGGAAGGAAGAGUACGCAUGGGCUGGCGUAGGAGCGAUGGCAAAUGGGAGUCUGAAGUGAAAUAUGAAGAGCGCAUGGGUGGGAUUCUAUCUGUGUGGGCAGUGAUAGGUUGGGUUAACCAAACAACGAGUCUUCUAUUGUUUAACAUGAAGGCUGAAUGGAUGUUUUUGGCGCGCUUGCUCAAUACAAAACCAGAGCUACUUGGUGAUGUCCAUUUUGUUGCCGUGUGUAAUUGGUGGGAGGCUGCAGGGGAAAAGUUCUUCAAAACAUUCGGCAAGCAAGCACAAAAGUUGUUGACAGUUUCCAUUACCGACUGGGUCCCUUUAGGGGUAAGUAGGUCCUUUCCUGCCGCAACGCGUUUACAGAUUCUUGGAGAAGACCUAUUCACGAAAAAUAAUUUCAACACAUUAAAGGAAAUGGAGCCAUAGUUUACCUUAAUAGCUGAUUAAAAGAAAUUAACUAAUCAUUCAGAUUCGAACUCAUCAGAACUCUCAUUCGUCUGUUCAUCCACCCCCGCGUUGUCGUCAGACUCUCCAUAAAACACUUUCGAAGAUGUCCUCGUACUCCUCCUGAUCACAGCAGGCUUUGAGACAGCUGUCGAAACAUUUCUGAUGUUUUGGUGAGAUCUUGAUCGCACCGGGGUCGACAUUUUUGAUCGGGCUGAUCCUUUUCCUCGCUUCACGUUUUGAGGCUUGUUAGUAGAGUGAGAUCUUUUUUUCCCCGUACUUAGAGUUUUGUUUGAAAAGCUUUCCC